GCGCCAGAUGACUAUAUUCCGAGCUUUCCUGUUCCAACUGGCACUGGGGCUGGGAGUUUCUUUGCAGGCAGGACACAUUCCAGGCACAGCUUUUGCAAAGUCAAUCCUGCAUCAGUCAGAGAGAGAGAGAGAGAGAGAACACACAGUGGGGAGAAAGAAAGGAGUUCCCUCUUUCUGAAUUCUGGUUUUUGUUUGGAAAAGUGCAGAGAGAUUUGGGGCCGGGAGAUAUGAAUAAGUGAUCACCUCAGAGAGACAGGGGAGGUGGGGGGGAGAAAAAGUUUUAUGCAAAUAGCCAUCCCCAUAUGGAAUAAGGCAGCGAUCCCGGGUCAACAGCGACGCAACAUGGACGAGUGGAGCUAGGGGGAAGGGAGCGAUGAGAGUGGAAGCGGCCGCUCUGGGAGGCAGCAGUGCAGGCAUCGGGGCCGCUCUUUCGGGGGAAUGUGCUAGGGCAGUGAGCACCGAGCGAUGCCGAGGAGGAGGUCGAGCGGAGAGCUGCCGCUGCCCAAUGGCUGGGAGGAGGCGCGCGAUUUCGACGGCAGGGUCUUCUACAUAGACCACAACACCCGGCAGACGAGCUGGAUCGACCCGCGGGACAGACUGACCAAACCAUUAACGUUUGCUGACUGUGUUGGCGAUGAACUGCCGUUGGGCUGGGAAAUAGUGUACGAUCCCCAGGCUGGCAUUUACUACAUUGACCACAUUAACCAGAUCACGCAGAUCGAAGACCCCAGGGCACAAUGGCGGCGGGAGCAGGAGCGUAUGCUGAAGGAAUAUUUGGUGGUGGCUCAGGAAGCUCUGAAUGCCAAGAAGGAGAUCUACCAGGUGAAAAAGCAGCGCCUGGAGCUGGCCCAGGAGGAGUAUCAACAACUGCACGACCUGUGUGAGAAUGAUAGCAUUUCUCACGUCAGCUCUUACUCAGGUUCAUCCUCCAACACAAAGUAUAACCCUGACCAGAUCAAAGCUGAGAUAGCAAGUCGAAGAGAGGGGGUUUCCAGAUUGAAAAGGGAGUUGGCACAGAUGAAGGAGGAGUUGCAGUACAAGGAAAAAGGCGUAGAGACGCUACAGGAGAUUGACCGCAAAAUGUCUGACAGUCAAACUAACUAUAAACUGGAUGAAGCGCAGGAAAUUAUGAAUGAGCUGAGAACGAUCAAAAAGUCAAUUACUUUAGGAGAGAAAGAGAAACAGGACCUUAUUCAGAGCCUUGCUAAACUAACAGAUGAAUUCAGGAAUAGCUGUUGCAUUGAGAACUCCCUGCAGGAUCUCCAGAUGAAUCCAAGCUUGGCCUCUGAGUGUUUAUCACAACAGUUCUGUGAAGCAGGGUCACAGACUGACAUCAUCGGAGAGUUUUCAUCUGAUGGAAGGUCUAAACUAGCAGACAGAGUUCGACUUAGUUGGCAGUAUGAGGAAGCUAAGAAGAGAGUUUCCAGUAUCCAGCUGCAGCUGGCUCACUUGGACAAUGAGAGCUGGCCAGGCAGGGCUGAGGCAGACUGGGACCGAGUCCAGCUGAUCCGGGAGAAGGAGGCCCUGCUGCAGGAGCUGCAGCUGAUCAGCCAGCAGAAACGCCUGCCCGAGGAGCUCGCUCGCCUCGAGGUUGAACGCCAGCGACUGGAAGACGACAUCCAGCGAGCACAGUCCAUCCCCGGUCAGGAGUUCGCCGAAAGGAUGCUGUUGCAAGAAAAGAGAAACUGUCUCCUAAGGCAGCUGGAAGAAGCAACUCGCUUAACCACAUAUUUGCACUCUCAACUGAAGAGCUUAACAGCUAGUUCCCUCACGGUGUCAUCCAGCAGUAGUAGAGGAUCACUUGCAUCCAGCUGUGGAUCAUUAGCUUCCAGUCGAGGGUCUUUAAGCUCAGUCAGUUUUACUGACAUUUACGGCCUCCCACAAUAUGAGACUGAUGCUUCGAUUGAUUUGGGGUGCUAUCUGCAGUUCGAUCUGCUUCCGUUCGACACGAUAGCCAAGGACCCUUCGUUCAUCGACCAUUUAGGACUGACCAAGCCGCGGCGCACGUUGGAUCCACCUCAGUCCUUGGCGUCGCUGUCCUCCAGGUCCUCGCUGUCCUCGCUGUCACCACCCAGCUCCCCGCUCGACACGCCGUAUCUCUCCGCCUCCCGCGACUCGCCACUGGCCCAGAUGAACGAGGAGUUUGAGGAGUUGCUGGGCAGGUCGGACUCUGAGCAUCUCCGGCUGCAAGCCCAGGCGGUCUGCCAUGAUCUGCAGGAGGCUGUGUCGGCACAAGGGGUUGGAGCUACACUCUGCCAAGAUGUGGAUCCCAGAGCGAGGCUGGCAGUGCAGGGCGCAGGAGUGGUAACCCUGCGUGCUGACAGUGCUCUUAAAGCAGGCCGAAGAGUGAGGAGAGUCUCCACAGGUUUUUCAGAUGAUUCUGUCGCCACAGACAGUGGAGUCUUCGAAGCAUUAGGCAAAAGGCCUGAAGAUGCAGACGAGACUCUGUACAAUACUAGUUCCAUCACUUUUGACCCUCCACAAAUUAAAAUGGGACUUGUAUACGAUCACCGGGAGGAAUGCUUGAUCAUUCACAUCCUUCAGUUGCGGAAUCUCACUGCUCUACAGGUGAAAGAUGGGAACAGAGUGUUUAUACGGACCUCGUUGCUCCCGAUUGACCCCGGCACACUGUUUACCUUCUGCUCUAAGGCUUUAGAGGUUCAGGCGCUAAUGACCUUCAACGAAUCGUUUCAAAUUCCAGUGGCACCCAGCAUGUUGAGGUUGAAAACUAUGCAGCUGGAUAUAUGUUCCAUUGACCAGCAAAUGCAGGAAGAGUUACUGGGAGUUGUUCAGAUAAGCCUGGCUGACAUUGAAAGACCAGGUGAAAUGUUGCUCCAUUGGUAUCAACUGUUAACCUUCAGUAGUAUGGGCACGAUACCCGAAAGGACCAGCAAGCAAGGCUGCAGUACUGGAGCUGUUGCAAAGCUGACCGACAGUGAAAUGAAGGAUGCAGUGGCAAUGCUCCUAGCAAGGACCACAGCUCAGUUGGAGGCAGUGGAGAAACAGUUAGCGGAGGAGCGAGUGAAGUUGGAAUGUACAGAGGAGGAAAUCCAGGAGGAGAUGAAGGAAGAGAAAACCGAAGCUGCGUCGGAGAGGAGUUGGCAGGCCGAGUCGGUGGACAGUGGCUGCAGCAAUAGUGCCCAGCUUAGCCCGCAGUACCCUGUGGUGGAACAGCUCAGCGGGGUCGAUAGGAAUGGGAGCCAGCUACAUGAGUUUACCGAGCAAGUGAGCCAGUUCACCGCUGUCCGAGUGAGAGUCCCACGUAUGAAGGUUGACAAAGAGACCAACACUGAAGAGCCCUUCCCUGAAGAGGUUAUGAUUCGACCGAAGGAGAGGAGCAGUCGACGGUCGCGUGGCUCUCCGUUUGUCCGUAGCAGCACCAUUGUGCGCUCGCAGACCUUCUCGCCGGGGGCACGGAGUCAGUACGUCUGCAGGCUAUACCGAAGUGACAGCGACAGUUCAACACUUCCUAAAAGAUCCCCGUUUAUCCGAAAUGCCUUGGAGAGACGCACUCUGCGUUAUAAACAGCCAUCCUUCAAAACCCCUCUGGUCGAACAUCCGACACGAACAUCCCUGGACUUGGAGCUGGAUCUCCAGGCAUCCAGGACCAGGCAGCGGCGACUGAACGAGGAGUUGGCCGCACUGCGCGAGCUGAAACAACGACUGCAGGAGAGCAGGGUUCGAGGACAGGCCGACCUCCCGCAGUUGAUUUUACGAGAUGAGGAGUUCCGCACUCUGUUAAAGGAAGCAGAGAGACAGGCCAAACAAACCAAGCUGGAGCAACGCCAAGACCAAACAGCUGAGAAAAUGUUGAAGAAAGCAGCAAAGGAAGUGUAUCAACUGAGAGGGAAAAGCCAGAAAGAGCCCCUGCAGGUUCAGUCCUUCAGAGAGAAAAUGGCAUUUUUCACCCGAGCGCGAAUCAACAUACCUCCUCUGCCAGCGGAUGAUGUAUGACACUUUACUAUAUUUUAAAUAUGAAGUAUUUAUCAGUCUCAAUUUUAUCCAUGUGAAGUUACUAGAAAAAAACAGUAAGUGAGUUUAUUAAACACUUUUUUGCAAGGAUUAUUCCUAUAGACCUUUUGUAAAAAGAGAAAAGGACAAAAAAAGCCUAUAUACU